CAGACGGCGUACAGGAGAGGCGUGAGGACUAUGUACAGGCUGCGCUCGCAGUGCUGUCCUGGCUUCUACGAAAGUGGAGACCUGUGUGUCCCGCUGUGCUCUGAGGAGUGUGUGCACGGCCGAUGUGUGUCUCCUGAGACCUGCCUGUGUGAACCCGGCUGGGGAGGCCUGGACUGCUCCAGCGGCUGUGAAAGCGACUUCUGGGGCCCCCACUGCAGCAACCGCUGUCAGUGCCACAACGGGGCUAAAUGCAACCCGAUAACCGGGGCCUGCGUCUGCACCGACGGCUUCCAGGGCUGGCGCUGCGAGGAACACUGCGACCGCAGCUUCUACGGGAAAGACUGCCUGCAGGAAUGCCAGUGCUUCAACGGCGCCACCUGCCACCAUCAGACUGGGGAGUGCCUCUGUGCACCUGGAUACACCGGAGUCUUCUGUGAGGAGCCUUGUCCUCCAGGUAAACAUGGCUCCCUGUGCGAGCAGCGCUGCCCCUGUCAGAACGGAGGAACGUGCCAUCAUGUGACCGGAGAAUGCUCCUGCCCUGCUGGAUGGAUGGGUCCAGUGUGCGCCCAGCCAUGUCCUUUCGGAUGGUUCGGCAUCAACUGCUCGCAGGAGUGCACGUGUCGCAACGGAGGCCUGUGCGACCACAUCAGUGGUCAGUGUGAGUGCACGGCGGGUUACAUCGGAGAGAGAUGCCAGGAGGAAUGUCCAGUCAGCACAUACGGGCCACAUUGUGCCCAUAAGUGCGACUGCCUGAACGGCGCCAGGUGCUACCACAUCAACGGGGCCUGCCUGUGCAACGAGGGCUUCAAGGGCCCCAGCUGCCAGGACCGCUUCUGCCCCGCCGGCCUGUACGGAAUCAUCUGCGACAAAUACUGCCCCUGCAAAGCCGACAGCACGCUGAGCUGCCAUCCUCUGUCAGGGGAGUGCACCUGUGCAGCAGGAUGGGCGGGGCUUUUCUGCAACGAGACCUGCCCGGCCGGUUACUAUGGUGAGGGCUGCAGGGAGGCGUGUUCCUGCGCCAAUGGGGCCGACUGCGACGGCAUCACUGGAGCUUGCAUGUGCGCACCGGGAUAUAUAGGAGACGACUGCUCGGUCAGCUGUCCUGCAGGCCUGUACGGGACCAACUGCACCUUGCCAUGCUCCUGCAACAACGAGAUCUCCUGCUCGCACAUUGACGGCUCCUGCAUCUGCAGAGAAGGCUGGCAGGGCGUGGACUGCUCCAUCCCCUGCUCCAGUGGCUUUUGGGGCCUGAGCUGCAAUCAGACGUGCCAGUGCGCCAACGAGGCGGCGUGCGACCCAGUCAACGGGACCUGCACCUGCUCGCCAGGCUGGAGGGGCGAGUACUGCGGCGUACCAUGUCCUGAGGGAUCAUACGGGCUGGACUGCAGAGAGAGAUGCGACUGUGUCCACGCUGAUGGCUGCGACCUGGUGACCGGCGCCUGUCGAUGCCUCGCAGGAUGGACUGGUGUCCACUGCGACGGCGUGUGUCAUGAGGGCCGAUGGGGGCCGAACUGCUCCUACAGCUGCAGCUGUGAGAACGGAGGCUCCUGCUCCCCCGAGGACGGCGCCUGCGUGUGCGCCCCCGGUUACCGUGGCACCAGCUGCAGGCGAACCUGUUCUCCUGGGUUCUACGGCCACCGCUGCAGCCAGUCGUGUCCUCAGUGCGUCCACAGUGACGGAGCGUGCCACCACAUCACCGGACGCUGCGAAUGUCUCUCCGGGUUCUUCGGAUCCCUCUGCAACCAAGUGUGUCCUGGUGGAAAGUUCGGAAAGGCCUGCUCUGAGACCUGUCUGUGCACCAACAACGGCACCUGCAACCCCAUCGACGGCUCGUGUCAGUGCUACCCUGGAUGGCUUGGCGAGGACUGCUCCAAACUGUGUCCGCCAGGCUCGUGGGGUCCAGACUGCAUUCACAUGUGUAACUGUCACAAUGGAGCUCAGUGCAGCGCCACAGACGGAGAGUGUAACUGCAGCCCUGGAUGGACAGGACUCUUCUGCACACAGCGUUGUCCGACAGGCUUCUACGGCUCCCAGUGUGCCGAGGUGUGUCGCUGCCAGAACGGGGCGGACUGCGACCACAUCACAGGACAGUGCUCCUGCAGGACGGGCUUCAUUGGACAGAGCUGCGAGCUCAAAUGUCCUGCAGGAACGUUCGGCUAUGGCUGCCAGCAGCUGUGUGAAUGCAUGAACAACGCUACAUGUGACUACGUGACGGGAACGUGCUACUGCAGCAUCGGCUUCAAAGGCAUCCGAUGUGACCAGGCGGCUCUGAUGAUGGAGGAGCUGAACCCCUACACCAAGAUCAGCCCGGCGCUGGCGUCCGAGCGGCAGUCGGCCGGCGCCGUUCUGGGCAUCGUGUUCCUGCUGCUGCUCAUCAUGGCCAUGCUCGCCUUGGUGGUCUGGUUCCGCUAUCGGCAGAGAGAGAAAGGCCAGCACGUGCCCAACGUUGCCUACACGCCCGCCAUGCACAUCAAUUCUACCGACUACUCCCUCUCAGCAGGGCUGCCAUGUGCAGGCCUGCUCUCUGCAGAGACCUCUCCCAGUAACAGCUCUGCAGGCGGCUGCUUCUCCAACCCCAGCUACCGAACCCUGGGGCCGUGCACCUACGCCGCACACUACGCCAAGCCAGACAAGAAAAGCUCCACCAAGAUUAAGACGAAGAAGCAGAACAGGAACAGGAACAGCGCUCCAGAGUGGGGAGCCUACUGCAACCUCAGUGAGCUGGGUGUUUACUGCAUCGAUCGGCGCUACAGCUACCAUGUGGAGCCAUGCUACAGAGACUACAUGAAGGGCUCCUUGUCCAGCACCUGCUCCCUGAACAGUGAGAACCCGUACGCCACCAUUAAUGACCCCCCCGCUGUGUGCAAACACUUGGAGAGCAGCUACGUGGAGAUGAAAUCCCCAGCUCACCAUGAACAUGUGACUCACUGCUGCUCUGCCGCCAUCAUCAGCGCCACCGCCAGCCUGCCGGCCAAGAACAUCUACGACAUGGAGCCGACCGUCAGCAUCGUCCAGGGCGUCGGAGCUGAGCUGGUUCCCAGUUACCCCCAGAACCCGUACGACCUGCCCAGGAACAGCCACAUCCCCAGCCACUACGACCUGCUACCUGUGCGCCCUAGCCCCUCCCACAGCCACAGCCCGCCACUGCCCGGCAGCCCCACCAGCUCGCUGCUGUAAACCUCCUCCCCAGUGCCCAAAACCAGGACGCUGAUGGGACCCGGUGCUCCCAGUUCAUCCACAACCAGAAAAGGAAGAGAGGUGCGUUCAGGGUUUCAGUCAGCGAACGCAGGAGGACACGGAUGUUCGUUGUUUCAACUCAAGUUUCUUCUUUAUUUUAGGUGCACCCUGCUGCACUGAGGUUUGAUAUUUUGUCCUGAGCUGUUUGUUUUUCAGCAGUUUUUCUCCAUCGGAAAGCGUCCAUAAGAGGAACUUACAGGUGCACACAAGUCUGCCUGUUUUCAGGUAUGUGACAUGUGGGUUCAAAGGAUGGAAGGAUCAGGAAAAUGACCUGCUCAGUAAGAAAAAUGAAAAAGAAUCCUGCUUUUCUGGGACUUUCCUUAAGGCUGGAGUUGUGUUGUAAAGACUGAAGCUUCACACCUGGAGAAGGUGUCUGACUUCCUGACCCUGUCCGGCCUGGACAGAGACACCUGCUGGACGUCUCUGAUGGUUGAGAGGAAGAAAUGCACACAAACUGCAGCCUCCUCAGAUUUAAACACUCUGUGAAGUUCUGCUAUUUUUACAUCUUUUCUUAUUUCCUGUUUACAUAUUCAAAGAUCCCGUCGGGGUCCAUAUUUUCUCUCUGGAAAGUUCUCUUUUUGUAUGUUCUGUAGACAAAGUGGUGUGUUGGAUGUACACUUGCUGUACGCUAAUGAUUAUUGUGCUUUUUCUUAGUUGUGUCGAGCUUAAUACACAUGCAUGCCAAAGAUUAUUCCAGAUAGAAUAGUUAGAAAAGACCUACAGUCCGGUUUCUACCAUCAUCAUGCUCAGAUGGUGAAAAGCCAUUAUUUUCAUAAGUUGUGACCUAAACUGUGUUUUUUGGGGAAGAUGUGUUGUCCUUGUUGCAGUGAGGUCAGAAGAGGAACACCUACAUGGAAACAACUCUAAUACCUCUUGCCUCUCCCUUCUAAUUUCCAGUUUUAUUCCCAAACAUGUAGAUGUUUGUAAAAACUGCUGAUAUAACAGAAAAAAACCCACAUAUUCAUGGAUACAAAGUACUGAGACUUCUUUGUUGUUUUGUAUUCAAACAAUUUGAAAUAUUUAUUUUAGGCUGAUUAAACUGUUUGUUUUUUUUUUACAUCGCUCUUCUCACACUUACCUCCACGUGAUGAUCAGUUUUUCCUAAAUCCAGGCACACACCUGUAGAAACGUACUUAGGACGUCUGGAAGCUGCUGCCGGAGGAAACAACCAAGUACUGAUUUCAGAACCUUUUUGCAAAAUCAAUCCUCAUUUUCUUAUUACGUUUAGCAAAAACUUUAUUCCAAAGUAACAGAGUUUGGAACACCAUUAGGUCCCAAAGACCCGUUUUAAAACUCGGGGAGACCUGGCUUUUCAGGCUGUGGCCUCCAGACUCUGGGAUGACUUGCCCGUCCCUCCGUGUGGUCGAGUCCGUGGACUCAUUUAACAAGCAGUUUCAAACUACUUUAUUCAGGAAAGCUUUUUCAUGGUGGUUAUUAUUUAUUUGAUUAAAUUAUGUUGUUUUAUUGCAGCCGUUUUAUGUACAGUACAGAUUUGUAUCUGUGAAAAGCGCUUUAUACAUAAAAUGACUAACUUUACUUACAGAGACCGGCGUGAGCAUGAGCACUGCAGGUGGAACCCGACCUGAAGUCCACCCAUUGUUAGAGGUGUUAUUUAGAGAUUCUUAAAGGUAUAGAGGGAUGAUACAGCCUCAUCUUUAUCAUAUUAUAGAGACAUGACCAAAACAGAGACAUAUUGUGAUCAGAGGAGAAGCAAACAUUAACCCUUAAAACUCCAAGCCAUUUUUCUUGGUUUUUGGUCCACCUGUUGCUUUUUAAUGUAAACCAGCCUGUAGCAGCUGAAGCUUUUAAUCCCAGUCAGCAUCAGA